GCCUCGCCUCCUCCGCCCCGCGCCCUGCGGUGCUGCAGCUGCGGGCGGCUCCAGCUGCCCCCAGAUGUGGGCUGGGCGGCGCGCGGGGAACUUUCGCGCCGGCAGCGAGUGCGGGGCCCCGGCUGCGGUCCGGCUGCCAUGGAUCCGCCGGCGGGAGCCGCUCACCGCCUGCUCUGCCCCGCGCUGCUGCUGCUGCUGCUGCUGCUGCCGCCGCUCCUGCUGCCGCCGCCGCCCGCGGACGCCCGACUCGCCGCCGCCGCCGCCGACCCCCCAGGAGGGCCCCUGGGGCACGGAGCGGAGCGCAUCCUGGCGGUGCCGGUGCGCACUGACGCCCAGGGCCGCUUGGUGUCCCACGUGGUGUCGGCGGCGUCUGCCCAGGCUGGGGUACGCGCCCGCAGGGCCGCCCCUGACCAGACCCCGGGCUUACCUGGAGGCAACCAGGAGGACCCCGGCGGCCGCCUCUUCUACAAUGUCACAGUCUUCGGCCGAGACCUGCACCUGCGGCUGCGGCCCAAUGCCCGCCUCGUGGCGCCCGGGGCCACGGUGGAGUGGCAAAGCGAGUCGGGCGCCACCCGCGUGGAGCCCCUGCUCGGGACGUGCCUCUAUGUCGGAGACGUGGCGGGCCUGGCUGAAGCCUCCUCCGUGGCGCUCAGCAACUGCGAUGGGCUCGCUGGCCUGAUCCGUAUGGAAGAGGAGGAGUUCUUCAUCGAGCCCUUGGAGAAGGGGCUGGCAGCUGAGGAGGCUGAGCAGGGCCGUGUGCAUGUGGUGUAUCGCCGGCCACCCACUCCCAGAUCCCCUCCUCUGGGAGGGCCACAGGCCCUGGACACAGGGCCCCCCCCGGGCAGCCUGGAUAACCUCAGCCGUGCCCUGGGUGUCCUGGAGGAGCGUGUCAAUGGCUCGAGGCGCAGAGCGAGAAGGCACGCUGCAGAUGGUGACUACAACAUCGAGGUUCUGCUGGGUGUGGAUGACUCUGUGGUCCAGUUCCAUGGGAAGGAGCAUGUGCAGAAGUACCUGCUCACGCUCAUGAACAUCGUCAACGAAAUCUAUCAUGACGAGUCCUUGGGGGCCCACAUCAAUGUCGUGUUGGUGCGGAUAAUCCUGCUUAGCUACGGGAAGUCCAUGAGCCUCAUUGAGAUUGGGAACCCCUCUCAGAGCCUGGAGAACGUCUGCCGCUGGGCUUACCUCCAGCAGAAGCCGGACACAGGUCACGAUGAAUACCACGAUCAUGCCAUCUUCCUCACAAGGCAGGACUUCGGGCCUUCGGGCAUGCAAGGCUAUGCUCCUGUCACCGGGAUGUGCCACCCCGUCCGUAGCUGCACUCUGAACCACGAGGAUGGCUUCUCCUCGGCGUUCGUGGUGGCCCACGAGACCGGCCAUGUGCUGGGCAUGGAGCACGAUGGGCAGGGCAACCGCUGUGGUGACGAGGUGCGGCUGGGCAGCAUCAUGGCGCCGCUGGUGCAGGCAGCCUUCCACCGCUUCCACUGGUCCCGCUGCAGCCAGCAGGAGCUGAGCCGCUACCUGCACUCCUAUGACUGCCUGCGGGAUGACCCCUUUGCCCACGACUGGCCGGCGCUGCCCCAGCUCCCAGGGCUGCAUUACUCCAUGAACGAGCAGUGCCGCUUCGACUUCGGCCUGGGCUACAUGAUGUGCACAGCAUUCCGGACCUUCGACCCCUGCAAACAGCUGUGGUGCAGCCACCCUGACAAUCCUUACUUUUGCAAGACCAAGAAGGGCCCCCCCCUGGACGGGACCAUGUGUGCACCUGGCAAGCACUGCUUUAAAGGACACUGCAUCUGGCUGACGCCUGACAUUCUCAAACGGGAUGGCAACUGGGGCGCCUGGAGUCCGUUCGGCUCCUGCUCACGCACCUGCGGCACAGGUGUGAAGUUCAGGACCCGCCAGUGUGACAACCCACACCCAGCCAACGGGGGUCGCACCUGCUCUGGCCUUGGCUAUGACUUCCAGCUGUGCAACCCCCAGGACUGCCCUGACACCCUGGCUGACUUCCGCGAGGAGCAGUGCCGCCAGUGGGACCUGUACUUCGAGCACGGUGACGCCCAGCACCACUGGCUGCCCCAUGAGCACCGGGAUGCCAAGGAGAGAUGUCACCUCUACUGCCAGUCCAAGGAGACCGGGGAGGUGGUGUCCAUGAAGCGUAUGGUGCACGAUGGGACACGCUGCUCCUACAAGGACGCCUUCAGCCUCUGUGUGCGUGGGGAGUGCAAGAAGGUGGGCUGUGACGGAGUGAUCGGCUCCAGCAAGCAGGAAGAUAAGUGUGGCGUGUGCGGAGGGGACAACACCCACUGCAAAGUGGUCAAGGGCACAUUCACACGCUCCCCCAAGAAGCUCGGUUACAUCAAGAUGUUUGAGAUUCCGGCAGGAGCCAGGCACCUGCUCAUCCAGGAGGCAGACACUACCAGCCACCACCUGGCCGUCAAGAACCUGGAGACAGGCACGUUCAUUUUAAAUGAAGAGAAUGACGUGGACCCCAAUUCCAAAUCCUUCAUUGCUAUGGGCGUGGAGUGGGAGUACCGGGAUGAGGACGGCCGGGAGACGCUGCAGACCAUGGGCCCUCUCCACGGCACCAUCACCGUUCUGGUCAUCCCGCAGGGAGACGCCCGGAUCUCACUGACGUACAAGUACAUGAUCCAUGAGGACUCGCUCAACGUAGACGGCAACAAUGUCCUGGAAGACGACUCUGUGGGCUACGAGUGGGCCCUGAAGAAGUGGACUCCUUGCUCCAAGCCCUGCGGUGGAGGCUCCCAGUUUACCAAGUAUGGCUGCCGCCGGAGGCUAGACCACAAGAUGGUGCACCGAGGCUUCUGCGACGCCCUCACGAAGCCCAAAGCCAUCCGCAGGGCUUGCAACCCACAGGAGUGCUCCCAGCCAGUGUGGGUCACAGGGGAAUGGGAGCCUUGCAGUCAGAGCUGUGGGCGGACGGGCACGCAGGCUCGCACCGUGCGCUGCAUACAGCUGCUGCACAACAACACCACCCGCUCCGUGCACACCAAACACUGCAACGACGCCCGGCCCGAGGGCCGCCGGGCCUGCAACCGUGAGCUCUGCCCUGGCCAGUGGCGGGCCGGACCCUGGUCCCAGUGCUCUGUGACCUGUGGCAAUGGUACCCAGGAGCGGCCAGUGCUCUGCCGAACGGCGGAUGACAACUUCGGGGUCUGCCAGGAGGAACGGCCUGAGACAGCCAGGAUCUGCCGGCUGGGCCCCUGUCCCCGAAACAUCUCUGAUCCUUCCAAGAAGAGCUACGUGGUUCAGUGGCUGUCCCGACCGGACCCCGACUCUCCAGUCCAGAAGACCUCGUCAAAGGCCCGCUGCCAAGGCGACAAGUCAAUGUUCUGUAGGAUGGAAGUCUUGUCGCGCUAUUGCUCCAUCCCAGGCUACAACAGGCUGUGCUGCAGAUCCUGUAACCUGCACGACAACCUCACCGAUGUGGAUGACAGGGCGGAGCUGCCACCUGGGAAGAACAACGACAUUGAAGACCUCGUGCCCACCCUCCCAGCGCCCACCCUCGUCAUGGAGGUGCGGCCUCCGCCGGGCACGCCCUUGCAGGUGCCCCUCAACACUUCCAGCGCCAACGGCACUGAGGAUCACCCAGACACCAACGCAGUCGACGUGCCCUACAAAAUCAACGGCCUGGAUGAGGAAGGCCAGCCGCCCAACCUGAUCCCUCGACGACCGAGCCUGUAUGAAAAGACCAGAAACCAGAGAAUCCAAGAGCUUAUCGAUGAGAUGAGGAAGAAAGAGAUGCUCGGGAAGUUCUAAUAAAAUGGAAAGAUAGCAUCAAUAGCAUUUUUUUUCUUGCUUAUAGAUUAUAUUCCAUGGGAUGGCAGAUCGUGGAGAGGAAGUGAAAAUGUCUGAUUCCAACAGGUUUUAAGAAAACAAAGAGGAGAAUGACAUAAACAUCUAUACAUGUGGUUGUGAGCGCGGGGCAGCUAGGUUCACGCAUGUGUUUGUGUCCCAGCUCUGGAAUGUUCUAAGUCCUGUCCUGGGGUUGGGUGUGGAGUGGGGAGAGGAAACACGUGCCCCAAGUUUCUGAGCAGUGAUUGGGAAUCUUCCUGUCCUUGGUGGUGACAGCCCUUCUGGAGAACAUUCUGGAGAAAUGUUCUGCAGGAACAUUUCCUACCAAUCCCCAGACCGAGGCACAAGCCCCAUGGGGAACUCUUAUUAGGAGAAACAGUGAUUUGUUUACUAAUUGACCAGUCACUGAGAUGAGCACAAUGAAGUGGAGGCCGUGAACUUGAAAGUCCGUGACGUCAAGGGCCAGGCAGGUGUCGAGGAUGAGUGUGGCAGCCCAUGGGGGACUGUGACCAACCUGAGAGCCGCACCCCACUAGUGCUGCUUUUGGGUUCCAGCCACUGCUGCCUCUGUGACCGCAGGCUCCUGGGGCCAGAUAGGGUGCUUUCAGUAGAAGUCUAGAUUUGCAUGCGAAAUCCUCAAUCCUAAAAGUUCAACCCAAAAUAUUUCCGGGGGGGGGGGGGGUUCUGGAAGGUCUUUUAGGGUCUAGAGCCACCAGUCUGCAGCCUCUGGUCUCCAGGCUCGGCCAGAUGCAGUCUCUCAAAGUAACGACUUAAGGAAGGAAAGCCAUCUGGCCCGACUGGCGCUCAGGCACUGUGUUUGACUCAGCCCACUCUGAGCUGUGAAGCUGUCUACUUCUUCCCCAGAAGGUACGGAGAAUCCUGUAACUAACUGGACUUGAUCUGAACAGUGGGCUGCCUUUCCUACAGGAGGAGAAGACUGCAGGGUGCACUCUCUGGCUCUCCCAGGCCUCUUUCCUAUUGGCCCACCCGGCCUGCGUGCUGCCUCUUGGCCAGCCUGGCCUUGGACCCGGGGCUCCCCAGGGGAGGCUCUCCCUCCCCAAGUGCGUUGGAAGAAUGAGGGGGGCAUGCGCUCUGCUGGAUAGUCCAGCGACUUUCCCAGAGGGGAGAGAAGGGGAGUGGCUGUGCUCUGGGUUCUGAGAUGGUGCUCUGCCUGCUCAGGUUUGCUCCUAAAGACGAAGGCCAGCUUCUAUUGC